UCUGAAUGCCACUUAUCAUACCAGAAAAGUUUUAUCAGUUGUAUAUUUUCUUAUAUGUACACUGAUGAAUACUAAGUGUGUAGCUGUUCUAGUGCUUCUUGGUGCAGUACUUAUUUGCACCAUUGAUGCUAGGAGGCUUGUGAGGGGGAAGGGUGAUCUUGUUGAGCAGAAGAUAUUCUUCCACAAGCUUCCUGGCUGCGGUGGCGGCAUUGGGGGCGGUGGGGGUGUGGGCUUUGGUGGGGGUGUAGGCAAAGGCGGGGGAGCUGGAUUUGGUGGUGGUGGAGGAUUUGGUGGGGGCGGUGGUGGAGGACUAGGUGGUGGUGGUGGACUAGGUGGUGGAUCUGGUUUUGGAGGUGGAGCUGGGGGUGGGCUUGGCAAAGGAGGAGGAGGAGGGUUUGGUGGAGGUGUUGGAGGUGGACUGCCUUGAAAGUUCACAAUCUUAAUUUGUCUCCAACCUAUAUAUGAUGCUAGUUUAUCAAUCAACAUUGUGCUGAAGUUAGGAGUCUCUUGCAAGUUCUUUACUAUGAUGAUGUUUGUUCAUUGUGUCCAGUACUGUUUGGUUCUGUUACGUAUGGGAAUGUUGAAAUAAAUUCUUCUCUCCUAUUAUUCUUAUAUAUGUACCUUGAGUAGCAGUAUAGGGACUGAAUAAAUGAUGAGACUAGCCAUGAGAAAAUGCAUGAGAUUAUGGUGUGUGUAUACAUAACAUGCAGUUGUGACCCAAUUAAGUAAUGGCCGAUGAUGUAUUGGACCCCUUCUGCUUAGCAGUUGGGUUGUUUGAUUAAUAAAUAUGGUGUUUCUUGUCAUGAA